GUUAGAAUGACGUAUCAACUGUUAGGAUCCACUGGCAGUAUAUAUAUAUAUAUAUAUAUAUAUAUAUAUACAUCAAGCCAAUUCUCUGUUUAAUAACCGUUAGAUCAAUACAACCAGGCUAUUUGAUGAGGCACUCUUGUACGCUUCAUCAUAAUGCAGUUCAACUACUGUUGUGGGCAGUCUCAUAGGUCCCGCAAUUAAACAAGUCUGUCAUCCAGUUUUCGUACAUUACCUUCUGCAGUUGAGUUAAGGUUGAUUAGGAAAACUAUACUCGCUCAUUUUAUUAACGCAAGAUAAUAGACGAAUUCGAGAGCUUCUCGAGUUACCUACUAAACUUAUCACAUAGCUUACAUGUACGCUUUUUGCAUCCACCUAAACUCACUUGGAGUCGUAAUAACAAGUAAGACCACUGCACAAAAAAGACAUGUAUGACCCUUCUACCGUUGUCACUAUAUAUUAUUCUGGGGCAGGUUACAGUAAAUGUACUCACUAUUUUCCCAAAUUUAUUUUGACUUCUGUUUUACAUAAUUGUAACCCUCGUCUCUUCAUAUCCAUGUGACUAUGAUCGGUAGUCGAGACUUGGAAAAUGUUCCACCGAUUCUUGAACGAUACUUUGUGUAACCAGACGAUACCGUAUCAAAAUGUUUCAAAUCAUCCACAAGAGGAAGCUCAAGUGCUAAGAUCAAUUUUCGAUGAAGAAGAAUUGUCGAUAUCAGACGAUUAUAAUUUGGAAUACAAGGUAGGUGAGGCGGGAACGACUUCUUCAUUCAUUGUGCAAGUUUACUGGCCUGAAGGAUAUCCUGACGUUUUACCUUGUAUCUCUAUGGAUUCUUUUUAUAAUCAUCAUAUCCCUUUAAAUGUUAAAGAGAAAAUAACUGAAGAAUUAGUGUCUGUUGCUAAAGACCAACUUGGCUCAGCUCUAACAUUUACUUUAAUUGAGUACCUAAAGGAAAACCAUGAGCGAUUUACUAAAUCUUUUGCAGUUGAUAAAGUAGAUACAUCACAAAACAAUUCGUUCCCGAGUGAAACCCCAUCGGUUUCUCGCAAACAGAAUAAACUACCUCAAUUAUCUAAAAAUCAAAAAAGGAAGCACCUAAAUAGACUAGGACAAAGUGGAGAGUUACCUAGAGGUUGGAACUGGAUUAGUGUUAUAAAACACCUUCAACAAACUGGAUCGGCGUCAUAG